CCUCCUCGCCCUCCUAGCGCUGCCGCCGACUCCACGGGGCUGAGGAGCGGGGAGUCCGCGGCGCUGGCUUGGGGCUGCGGGAUGGGGAGUUAGCGCCACGGCGGCGGCAGUGGCCGCAGCGCAACCGGCCGCCGCCCCCGGGUCUGUCCCGCCGGGGGUGCGGGGCGCGGCCAGCCCGCCCCGGAGCCAGGCCCGCGGGCGGCGGCGACGGAGGAGCUGGGCAGGUGGAUGCGGCUGGAAGAUGGCGCCCUCGGGCCCGGGCAGCGUCAGGCGGCGGUGCCGGCGGGUGCUCUACUGGAUCCCGGUGGUGUUCAUCAGCCUUCUGCUCGGCUGGUCCUACUACGCCUACGCCAUCCAGCUGUGCAUAGUGUCCAUGGAAAACGUUGGGGAACAAGUUGUGUGCCUGAUUGCUUAUCAUCUACUUUUUGCAAUGUUUGUCUGGUCAUACUGGAAAACUAUCUUUACAUUACCAAUGAAUCCUUCAAAAGAAUUCCAUCUCUCUUAUGCAGAGAAAGAAUUGUUGGAGAGAGAGCCAAGAGGAGAAGCCCAUCAGGAAGUUCUUAGGCGAGCUGCCAAAGAUCUUCCCAUCUAUACCAGGACCAUGUCUGGAGCAAUCCGAUACUGUGACAGAUGCCAGCUCAUAAAACCAGACCGCUGCCAUCACUGUUCCGUCUGUGAUAAAUGUAUUUUGAAGAUGGACCAUCAUUGCCCGUGGGUGAACAAUUGUGUCGGAUUUUCAAAUUAUAAAUUUUUCCUCCUUUUCUUGGCUUAUUCUCUGCUCUACUGCCUUUUUAUUGCUGCUACAGACUUGCAGUAUUUUAUCAAAUUUUGGACAAAUGGCCUACCCGAUACUCAAGCCAAGUUCCAUAUUAUGUUUUUAUUCUUUGCUGCAGCUAUGUUUUCUGUCAGCUUGUCCUCUCUGUUUGGCUAUCAUUGUUGGCUAGUCAGCAAAAAUAAAUCUACAUUAGAGGCGUUUAGAAGUCCUGUAUUUCGACACGGAACAGAUAAGAAUGGAUUCAGCUUGGGUUUCAGUAAAAACAUGCGACAAGUUUUUGGUGAUGAAAAGAAGUACUGGUUGCUACCCAUUUUUUCAAGUCUAGGUGACGGCUGCUCCUUUCCGACUUGCCUUGUUAAUCAGGAUCCCGAGCAAGCAUCUACUCCUGCGGGAUUGAAUUCAACAUCGAAAAAUCCUGAAAACCAUCCAUUUCCUGCAAAGCCAUUGCGAGAGUCCCAGAGCCACCUCCUCACUGAUUCUCAGUCUUGGACAGAGAGCAGCACAAACCCGGGAAAAGGCAAAGCUGGUAUGAGCAAUCCUGCAUUAACCAUGGAGAAUGAGACUUAACUCUUCAAACAAAAUAAAUUCAUAUUUUAUGAAAGUGUCAGUGCUGUAGGUGGAAGGAAGAGGCUUCCCACAGGAAGGCACCGUUGGCCUGUUGCUCCCAUUUCCCUUUGGCUGGAUGUGCAGAAUAUGAAUUGGUUAGUUCUCUCUAAGCUGUUGCAUCAAAAACAUAACAUUUUUAAUCCAAUAUACAGGUUGUUUCAACUAACAUGAAUUCCUGUUAAAUAUUAGCAGUAUUAAAGUUUAUGAAUCAAGAGCAGAAAUACCUUCUAUUAUAAAACCUUGGAAUAAAGUCAUGGGCUUAUUUUCACCCAAAUAUUUGGGUAGUGCAAUGUAUCCACAUAAAAAGCCCUUUAAUCAUCUGAUUUUCUGAUUCAGAAAAUUGAGCCUAUUAAGAUACUGAAAGUUAAAAGAUUUCAAAUUACAGUAUAAUGACAGCUUUAUCAGUUACCUGGGAGGUGGAGGUAGCAUAUCAGACUUGUUCAUUCCCUCUCUUGUGACUCCAGCCCCAGACUGAGUGAACUAUAAUGACUAUGAAUUCAUUAUAAAUUUUAAGUGGCCUACAGUUGAAAAUUACCACCAUUUUUGUCAGACUUCAGUCUAAUUCUAGCCUUUGUUCACUGCUGGAAAAGAAGUAUGAUCAUUGAAGCCUGAGCUCACUGAUAAGUAACUAGCUAGCAAAUUUUUAUCACAACUAAUACAUUACGAUUAUAUCCAAAAUAUUUUUCAUCUCUUCUGAUCUUCUUAAAUUGAGGGAAGAUCUAUAAAAACAAUUAUGAAGAUUGAUUUAUAAUCUUUUUUUGCCAGUCUGGCUUUUUUUAAUGUCUCAUAUUUUUUUAGGUUAUUUGUUCUCUUGAACAUAGCAAAAAUAAUGAAUUUGUUCACAGUUCUUAAUGGGCCAAUAGAUUAAUCCUCCAUUGGUAUCUGUAUUAUCUCUGUGUCCCGUCAUCAGAAGUAUGACAGUUAAACUUCAUAGUUCUUCAAAUACUUAAUGUUAAAUUAUGCAAAUCAUUAAAAGAAAUCAUGUACUUUUAGAAAUUUAGUUCAAUAUGAACUAAAUGGUGUGCUGUUUGGAAACUGAAUUUAAGGUAAACUAAAGUGGUGUGUUUGUUGAUGCCAAAAUGUUCGGCUUCAGUAAAUAUACUAGGAAGCUCUUGUGCCUUGUAUGCACUAUUUGAAAAAGUUUUCCUUUUUUUUUUUUGAGUGGAGUGUAAGUUUUGUAAAUGUUAGAGACUAGAAUAAGCUUUAAACAUUUUUUGGUACUGAUUUUGAGAAUUUAAAGCAGAUUAUCUUUUACAACUUACACAGCUAAGGAACUGGUAUUUAAUCAAAAAGAAAAUAUUAAACUUUUCAAAAUCUGAAUUAGACAAAAAUGCAACACAUGAUAGACUAGUAGACCAGAGGAUAAUGGAGUAAACAAGAUCCUUACAAAUAUUCAUUCUUUCUAAAAAUGUAAAGUUUUAUAUUUAAAUGAGUUUGUGGAAGAAUCAAUGUCAGCCAAAUCCAUUUUAUAGAUCAUUUGAGUGUAAUUCUUUGCAUAAUAGGAUGGCACUCUUUUCAGAUUUUUUUUUUUAAUUUAUUUUUUUAAAGCUAAAGACAUUGAUCUGACAAUCUGUUUGAGGAACUCUCGGAAGAUAUGAUGCAUUUUUACUUUUUACUUUUAAAGCAUUUUUUGGUCAUCAUUUUUUUAUUACCUGAAGUGCCAGAUUGGAACCUAUAGCUACUGCUGGAAGUCUUAAGGGCGACAGCAUCACGUGAUGUAUUAAGAAUUAUAUGCAGCCAGGUUAUUUUCAAAGCACAGUACUAUAGCCAUUUUUGUGGACAGGAUUCUGUGACGUGUUCUUUCUCGUCAAAAUAGAAGAAAAGAAAAAAAGGGGGGGGGAUUUAUUCCUUACCUUGCUAGAGUACUGUUAAAUUUUUCCGUUAGGUCUUUUGUGUAAUUAUUGAAAUACAUGAGUCAGUACACAUUAGAAUCAGACUCAAAAAAAUUUUUUUUAUAAAUAAAUCCUUUUCCAUUAAGUUGUAAGGGUUCCCUUUUUGUUUUCAUACAGUGGGUAAUCUUUCAGGUGUUUUUUUUUGUUUGUUUUUAAUCUAAGUGGUUAUCAUUUUUAGAGGUGAUGGCGUAGUUUACCUGAGUGAAUAAAGCAUCAAAUAGACCUACAUUUUGUACAUAUUUAUAAAAUUACCUUAAAAACAUUUUAAACAUUUUGUUUUAAAAAUUUUAAUUGUUCAACUCAAACCCGAAGACACUUAUACUUCAACUAUCCUGAGACUCCAUUUAGCUGAUAAUUUUUUUUCCUGUUUUUAAAAAUUCUACCAUAUAGGUAAAAUUUUUAAGAAUUUUUUUAAAUGUUGUACAAAUACUUCAUAUACUGUAGUUAACUAUUUGCCGCUGUGCAGUGAAGAGGGUUUGUAUUUUCAAAGAUAAACUUAUUGCAUCGAAAUACAAUGAUGGGACAUUUAAGGCAGUGCUUAUCCAUGAAUUCCCUCCUGUUCUACCAUAAUAAAGUCUGGUUGAUCACCUUUAUUAGCUGUCUAUAUGAAAUUUGCCUUUGCACUGACAAUCAAAAUCACUUUAAAGUACACUUACUUCUCCUAAUAGUCUACCAGAGUUACUACAGACAAAAUUGAUCUACAACCUGGUCAGAACACAGGUCUUCUGAGAUAAGUAUGUGUCGGUAAAAUGAUUCUGAGGACAAUUAGAAACAGACUAUGAAGCUUGAGUACUGUGUGCAGCAGAUAAAUGGGGAAUACGGCAUGUUUGACAAUAAUUAGCUUCUUUAGAGAAAUCAAAUACAAUGGAUUUAUAGAACAUGUUCUUAAAAAGUGAAGGCAGUAAUCACGUGAGUCAUGCUUCGUGAAAACAUUGUUACUCCAUUAAAACUAGCAGAUAUUCCCUAUUUUGACUUAUAUGUGUCCCACAAUACAAUGUUCAGUUUAUUUCCAUCCUCAGAAAAAGAGGAUGUAAGAGGAUUUUCUAUCACAAUGCAGCCUCGGUGACUAAGAGCUCAUCCUUUAAUUGUUCUUACACCAACAACAAGUUAAGAUAGGGCUGCUUGGGCAAUGCCUAACAAAUCACUUUGCAGCUUUUUCUCAUGGCUGGAAAGGUACCGCAAAAAGACAACUGGUGACAAUGCCCAAAGGUAGAUCUUUGCUCUUGUUUGUAGCCAGGAUUCAGUAUUUGUUAGCUUACUGUUGGGGGGAAAAUGUGUUAAGAUAAAUCGUCUUUUGACUGACUUCUGAGCACCAUCGAAACCAAAGGGGGUCUUUUGAUCAGUGAUUUUAAGCUCUGGUUUAUGCUAUGUCAGGGAGCUCCUCAUUACCCAGACACUAGCUUAUGAUUUAUAUGAUUUAUAUACAUUGUUACUCCAUUAUGAUUUACAAAAACUAUCCUUCAAUGUUGCAUCUUCCAGGGAAGGUUUUACAGAGUAAGGCACUCUCCUGACCUGAAUUUAUUAAUACUUAACAGUUCUUGUUUGACAGAUAAAGGUGCUUAAUGGAGAAAAAGGAAAAAAUAAUGCUCCAAAAGUAGAAUUCUGUUGAUGCCGAAUUAAAAAAUUGAUUAUCACAGAAAA